GUAAACAAGACGCGACCACAACAGGCAAGCGCACCGCAGUCGAUCUGGAUAAUUCCAGAACCUGUUAUUGUUAUUGUGAAGAAUUCUGAAUCAUGCCCAAGGUAAAAAGAAGUAGAAAACCACCUCCAGACGGCUGGGAGCUGAUUGAACCAACUCUUGAUGAGCUGGAUCAGAAAAUGAGGGAAGCCGAAACUGAACCUCAUGAGGGAAAACGGAAAGUUGAAUCGCUGUGGCCAAUAUUUAGGCUUCAUCAUCAACGUAGUCGCUACAUUUUCGACUUGUUCUACAAAAGAAAGGCCAUAAGCAGAGAGCUUUACGACUACUGCAUAAAGGAGGGAUAUGCAGAUAAAAACCUGAUUGCCAAAUGGAAGAAACAGGGCUAUGAAAAUCUCUGCUGUUUGCGAUGCAUUCAGACUCGUGACACCAAUUUUGGUACAAACUGCAUUUGCAGAGUUCCAAAAAGCAAACUUGAAGUGGGUCGUAUAAUUGAAUGCACUCACUGUGGAUGCCGGGGAUGCUCUGGGUGAAUCAAAGACAUUUGAUGCCUUUUUCCUCUUCUGGGACAUCAGGGCUCAUCACAUCCUUGAUCUAUAUGUCUGUAAAUAUCUCUGUCCAUCCUUAGGUUAUUAUUCCAUUCCUUACUUUACAUCUGUAUUUGACUGUGAUUGAAAAUGAGAGUGCAUAUUGUCUCUCAUUUUAAUGAUGGAUGGAAUGCUGUUUCUUUAAUAUACACUUCUUUUGUUUUCCCCUCAUGUUUUACCAUUCAGAAUAAAAUGUAUUGUUUUUAAAAAUUUUUCAAAAAAUGUCAGUUGAAAUAUGACAUGUUGGCAGCAGAAGUAACUUUAGGGACUUCCUUUAGGGUCAUUAAAGAUCUUUGAAGUCUUUUAUAUCACAAAACAGGACCCUGGCUUUGGUUUAUCUCAUUGUAUCAUCACUCACUGGGAUUAUAUACUUGCUUCAAUAUAGAUACUCUUAAUUGUUUUGUGAUGUGUUCUCAAAAUAAAUUUAUUUUGGGAUAAUCAAUGCAUUUUUACAUUUCAGUUUAGGGUUUAGUUUAAUUCAGUUAGGGUGAAUUUAAUGUAAUGUCCUACCAUUUGGAGACCUUUUUUG